AUGAAGGGGCUUGUGCAUGAUAAAGAUGCCGAUAAAGCUUAUUGCAGUUGCAAAGGAUUUGAAUUUUGGGGUAUUCUGUGCCGACACAUCCUAGCAUUUUUAAGAAUGAAGCAGGUGGAGCACUUGCCAGAUAAUUACAUAGUGAAACGAUGGCUUCAAAGUGCAAAGUGCGGUGUAGUAUAUGAUAAGAAUGACAAAGAAGUUAAAGAUUGCGUGGACGGUUUGGUUUUGGUUAAGAGAUCGAAACUUGGCAAAGUUGCAGGUGAGUUGAUAGAUUCUGCUUUGUUGUGUGAUGAAGGUUUUGAGUUGCUGGAAAAUUCAUUUGACGACAUUCGUGGGAAGCUUACAAGGUUGUUGUCAUCAAGAGCUCGUGUCGAAGAAGAACCCAAUGGAGAGGUCGGAACUAGUUCUUCCCAAGUCAGAAUGAAGGAUCCCCUUCGGGUAAAAGCAAAAGGGCGUGCGAGAAGAGUGAAAGGGCAAAAAGAGAAGGCAACGAAAGGACAUAAACGACGGUGCAGUGAAUGUAGGAAGACUGAUCAUGAUAGACGGAGUUGUCCCAAACUUGUGAGCGGCUCUUCAUCUUCCGACGCAGAAGUUGGUGCUGCAGUUGAUGAGAAUUUGCAGCCCAGUCGGAGCACGCAGGACAGGGAACCUACUAUGACAGAGUCAUUUCUGCAAGAGUUUGAUUUCAUUUACGGUCCCGGAGUUUGA